GGCCCUGUCCUUGUCGCACACCGGCGGGACGGUGGUGGCAGCGGCGGCGGCGGGCACUGGAGCGAGCACUGGAGGCGAAGGGAAGCUGGAGCUCGCUGCCCAUCCUGGUGCUGACCUCCAAGGAGCGGGUGGUGAACCGCAGGGCUGCAGGGCUGAGGAUGGGAGCCGGCGCCAGUGCCGAGGAGAAGCAUUCCCGAGAGCUGGAGAAGAAGCUCAAGGAAGACGCUGAGAAGGAUGCCAGGACCGUCAAGCUGCUGCUGCUGGGAGCAGGGGAGUCGGGGAAGAGCACCAUUGUCAAGCAGAUGAAGAUCAUCCACCAGGACGGUUACUCCCUGGAGGAAUGCCUGGAGUUCAUCGCCAUCAUUUACAGCAACACGCUCCAGUCCAUGCUGGCUAUCGUGCGGGCCAUGACCACCCUCAACAUCCAGUACGGGGACACGGCUCGCCAGGAUGAUGCCCGUAAGCUGCUGCACCUCUCGGACACCAUCGAGGAGGGGACCAUGCCUAAGGAGAUGUCAGAAAUCAUUGGACGGCUGUGGAAGGACCCAGGCAUCCAAGCCUGCUUUGACCGCGCCUCCGAGUACCAGCUCAAUGACUCUGCAGGCUACUACCUGUCAGACCUGGAGCGCCUGGUGACCCCUGGCUACGUCCCCACAGAGCAGGACGUGCUGCGUUCCCGCGUCAAAACAACUGGCAUCAUCGAGACCCAGUUCUCCUUCAAAGACCUUAACUUCAGGAUGUUCGACGUGGGUGGACAGCGCUCCGAGAGGAAGAAGUGGAUCCACUGCUUUGAGGGUGUGACCUGCAUCAUCUUCAUCGCAGCUCUCAGUGCCUAUGACAUGGUCUUGGUGGAGGAUGAUGAAGUGAACCGCAUGCAUGAGAGCCUGCACCUCUUCAACAGCAUCUGCAACCACCGCUACUUUGCCACCACCUCCAUCGUCCUCUUCCUCAACAAGAAGGACGUCUUCCUGGAGAAGAUCAAGAAGGCCCAUCUCAGCAUCUGCUUCCCUGACUAUGACGGUCCCAACACCUACGACGAUGCGGGCAACUACAUCAAGCUGCAGUUCCUGGAGCUGAACAUGCGGCGGGACGUGAAGGAGAUCUACUCCCACAUGACCUGCGCCACCGAUACCGAGAAUGUCAAGUUCGUCUUCGAUGCCGUCACUGACAUCAUCAUCAAGGAGAACCUCAAGGACUGCGGGCUGUUCUGAGCCCCAGCCGAGCACCCCCUCCCCUGAGGCCCAGCCCUGCUGCUGACCCCAACCCACCUCCACAGCCACCUCUGCCUGCCCCAAACCUCUGGGAUUUGACCAGCUCAGCUCCAAAGCCACCCC